AUGAAGAAAGCCGCGGGGUUCCUUUGCGAUCAUCCCACCUCCAACACUAACAUUAUCAUUGUCAUUGAUUCGAUCAUGGAGGAUCCUACCACCCAGACAAGUCCUUUGCGACAGCCAAAGAAGCGUUUUGUUGGUCGACGCACAGCAGAUGCUCAGGCCCAGAAGGAUGGAGGCUCCAGUUCCCAGCAGGAUGUCGAGUCAACAUCUGUCCAGCGAGAUCCUGAACGACCCGGAAAUCCAAGCAGCCAUCGAAUUACUUCCAAAAACUACUCCUUCGAAAUCCCCAAGACCAUUCACCGUGUGCGCACAUCCGGAGCGAAACGGGUGGCCUUACAAUUUCCUGAAGGUCUUUUGAUCUUCGCUACCACCAUCUCCGAUAUCUUGACCCAAUUUUGUCCUGGAAUCGAGACUUUGAUUAUGGGCGAUGUCACCUACGGUGCUUGCUGCAUUGAUGAUUACACCGCGCGAGCGCUUGGCUGUGAUCUGCUUGUCCACUACGCCCACAGUUGCUUGAUUCCCGUUGAUGUCACCAAAAUCAAGACCCUUUAUAUCUUCGUCGAUAUCAGUAUCGAUACUGCCCACUUGAUCGCAACUCUUGAGAGAAACUUCCGGCCCGGCCAAACUAUCGCUACAGUGGGCACCAUUCAAUUCAACGCAACUCUCCACGGCCUGAAACCAGUUUUAGAGCGUGCCGGCUUCAAGGUUGUGGUCCCACAGAUCAUGCCACUUUCCAAGGGCGAAAUUCUAGGCUGCACGUCGCCUCAGCUUUCCGACACCGAUAUCGAUGUUAUUCUCUAUCUCGGCGAUGGUCGCUUCCAUCUUGAAUCCGCUAUGAUCCACAACCCCACCAUCCCUGCAUACCGCUACGACCCUUACUCCCGCACGUUGACCCGUGAGAGCUACGAUCACCAAGAGAUGCACACCAUUCGACGUGAUGCCAUCAACACCGCUAAAUCUGCCAAGAAAUGGGGAAUUAUUCUGGGAUCACUGGGUCGUCAAGGAAAUCCCAACACAAUGGCGAUGAUUGAACGUCAUCUUGCUGAGCGGGGCAUCCCAGUGGUGAAUCUGCUGCUGAGCGAGAUCUUCCCUGGCAAGUUGGCCUCAAUGGCUGAUGUCGAGUGCUGGGUUCAAAUCGCUUGCCCGCGCUUGAGUAUCGACUGGGGAUAUGCCUUUGCGCGCCCGUUGCUGACACCCUACGAAGCACUGAUUGCAUUGGGUGUUCGUGAGAACUGGGACAAGGCGAACAAGGGUGUCUACCCGAUGGACUUCUAUGCCAAGGAAGGUCUCGGUCGGACGAAGCCGGAGCAGCACGCUUGCAAAGCCGCUUAA